UCAAACUGGUUCUCUCACACAAAAAGCCUCAGUGCUCGACUGACACCAGAUCUUCUCACACUCAGGAUGCAUGUGCUGUGGGCUCUGGGUCUGUUCCUGACCCUGCUGCAGGGGUCCUGCCCUCUGCUGCUGGGAGCCUUCAACAUCAAGUCAUUCGGAGACAAGAAAUCCUCCAACAGCACGAUCAUGAACAUCAUCAGCAAGAUUGUCCACCGCUAUGACCUCAUCCUGAUCCAGGAAGUCAGAGACUUCGAUCUGUCAGCGACCAAAAGACUCAUGGAGCACGUCAACAAAGGCUCCCCUCAGUUCAGGUACAGCCACAUCGUGAGCGAGCCUCUGGGUCGCAGCACGUACCAGGAGAGAUAUCUCUUCCUCUACAGAGAGGAAACUGUGUCCGUGGCUAAAAACUACACCUACGACGACGGCAGUGAGGCCAGUGGGUCGGACGUGUUCAACAGAGAACCCUUUGUCGUCAUGUUCUCCUCCAUUUACACCGCUGUGAGGAACUUUGUUCUGAUCCCUCAGCACACCUCUCCAGCCUCCGCAGUGAAGGAAGUGGAUGCUCUCUAUGAUGUGGUGGCUGAUGUUCGCUCCCGCUGGAAUACCAACGACAUUGUUCUGCUGGGUGACUUCAACGCAGGCUGCAGUUACGUGUCCGGCUCGGACUGGCAGCAGAUCCGUCUCUUCACCGAUAAGAGUUUCCACUGGUUGAUCACCAGUGAGGUCGACACCACAGUGUCAACCACCAAUUGCCCAUACGACAGGAUUGUGGUCACGGCUGACAUGCUGAGGGGAGUCGUGCCAAGCAGUGCUGAAGUUUACAACUACAUGAGGGACAUGAAUCUCAGCCAAGAGCUGGCGUAUGCUGUCAGUGACCAUUACCCCGUGGAGGUGAGACUGGUUGGGCUGGCUCGUGGUCGUUCUUCCUGAAUCACGACUACAAAGACUGGUCCACGGGUCUCCAGACAGAAUGUACACUAGAGACCAUAAAGCCAUGAAUUACAAGACCAAAAUAAACUAA